CCACAUAUGUAAAGACUUUUCAAAAUUAUUUCUAUAUAACUCCAUAUUGUUGUUGUGUGGUUAUUCAUUGCGAUAAGUAUAAUUAUGGUGUUUGAGAGAGUAAAAAAUAUGCAGGCACUAAUUGUGUUGAGCAUGUUCAUAAUCAUGCUGGCAAUGGCGUCCACGCUAGCAACACAGAAUUUCCCCGUAGCUAAGCCCAACUGCAUCGAUACUUGCGGCGACAUACGCAUCCCAUUCCCUUUCGGCACCACACCAGAAUGCUACCUUGAUAGAGAAUUCGGGGUGACUUGCAACCACUCAACUUCAAAACUCUUCUGGAUGGAUACGACUGUCGAACUCACAGAUCUAUCCCUCGACGGCCACCUCAAAUUGCUGCAGUUCAUAGCCAAAAAUUGCUAUAAAAAUGGCAAAAGUUCUAGGAGCAACGGACCAUCUCUACAGCUCACUAAAUAUUUCACGGUGAGCAACACUGCGAAUAAGUUCACUAUCGUGGGAUGCGAUGCCUAUGGCUACGUGUCGGGGAAUAGGCUGAAACGCAGAUUCACGACCGGCUGCACCGCCAUGUGCAGCUCGCUGGAUGAUCUAACGGAAGGGGAGUGUGCGGGCGCGGGUUGUUGCCAGACUAUCAUCCCUGACGAUGUGUGGAAUCUUGAUAUUGAAGUCGGGAGUCAUUUCAAUUAUACCCGUAUUUCCAACUUCAGCAACUGUAGCUAUGCCUUUUUUGUUGAGGACAAUGCCUUCAAGUUUUCAAAGGCUAAUCUUACAAACCUGUCCGACGUUACCAAACUUCCUACGGUGGUUGAUUGGUCCAUCGGGAAUGAGACGUGCGAAAAGGUCACCGGCAAUGCCUGCCUCAGUGCAAACUCUCAUUGCCACAACCCCAAAAAUGGCAAUGGCUACAAUUGCCGUUGCAGCGACGGAUUUGAAGGAAAUCCUUAUCUAACUAAUGGAUGUAGAGAUAUUGAUGAAUGCACAGACAAGAUACAUAAGUGCACCAAGAGUGAGUAUUGCUAUAAUACUCAAGGGAGUUACACAUGUUCUUGUCCCAAGAACUACGAUGGUGAUGGGAGAGGUGAUUAUGGCUGCUCAAAGAAACAGAAUAUCAAAAUUGCCUCUAUCUCCAUUGUAGUUGCUGGUGGGAUUAUUGCUCUGCUACUUGCUAUCAUCCUCCUCUACUUGGAACUCAAGAGAAGAUCACAGAGAAAGACCAAGUUAAAAUUCUUCCUCCAAAACGGCGGGCAUAUGUUGCAGGAGAAGCUGGCUAGAAGAGAAGCCUCACCGGAGAUGAUCACCAUCUUCAGCUCAUCCAAGCUACAAAUGGCCACCAACAACUUCCACAGCAGUAUGAUCAUUGGUCGAGGUGGCUUUGGUACAGUGUACAGAGGCGUGUUAGCGGACAGAAGAACAGUUGCAAUCAAGAGGUCUAUAAGAGUCGAUCCCACACAAAUCGAGCAGUUCAUCAACGAGGUGGUUGUUCUGUCUCAAAUCAACCAUAGGAAUGUAGUUACACUACUUGGUUGUUGCCUUGAAACCGACACACCCCUCCUAGUCUACGAGUUCAUAAGCAAUGGCACCCUCUCUUCGCACCUGCACAAUGAGGCUAAGGCGCGUGUUCUUGACUGGAAAAUGCGUUUGAAGAUUGCUGCAGAAACUGCAGGGGUGCUCUCGUAUUUGCACUCUUCCGCUUCUAUUCCAAUCAUACAUAGAGAUGUCAAGUCGGACAACAUCCUUCUAGACCAUAAUUUCUCAGCAAAGGUGUCGGAUUUUGGAUCUUCAAAGUUGGUUCCGGUUGAUCUUGCACAACUAUCCACUAUCGUACAAGGGACUUUUGGAUACCUUGAUCCUGAAUAUAUGCAAACAAACCAAUUGACAGAGAAGAGCGAUGUUUAUAGCUUUGGUGUGGUUCUGUUGGAGCUAUUAACGGGGCGGAGAGCAUUGAGUUUAGAUAGGCCGGUAGAGGAAAAGAGUCUAGCUAACUAUUUCCUUUUUGUUCUGAAACAGGAUAAGUUGUUUGAAAUUGUUGAUGAUCAUAUUGUGUGUGUGGGAAAUACGGAGCAAAUAUCUGCAGUUGCUGAGCUAGCAAAAGAGUGCUUGAACGUGAAAGGUGAAAAUAGGCCUAGUAUGAAGGAGGUAGCAAUGGAACUCGAAGGGCUAAUGCUCGGAGGGAAGCACUCGUGGGCACGAGAUGCUGUAGACAUCGAAGAAGAGGCGGUGUCUUUGCUUCCAAUUGACUACAAUGGAAUGAGUGGUGUGAGCUCAAGUUCGGGAUAUGGUAGCAUCUGCAGGGAUCAUAUUGUGUUGCCAAUCUAUGGUGGAAGAUGAGAAAUUACUUUGAGGACUAUAGGCAUUUAUCUAUGAAUUUGUGCAUGUUGGGUAGUGCUAUUAAUCUGUUCUUUCAAUAUGGUGCAAUUUAGUAGUAUUUUUUUUCAUAUAUUGUGCUUUUUGUAUAUGUCCUUUUACAACGGAACCAAUAUGGGGAGUCAUCUUAUAAGAAUUUGGAGAAAUUCUUACAAAGUGAAGGAUGAGAUGAUGGGUAUUAAUUAUUGACAAUGUUUUUAUAUUUACAUUUUCACAAUAUGGAGGUAGAGGUCAUCUUUCAUUUUCACAAAAUCGAAAAUGGGUGAUAGUACUAUAAUUGUUUUAUGGCACUAUUUAACAUUUGAUUUACAUGAAUAAUUUUAGAGCUAACAAAUAAAAGUUCAUAAAUUAAUUUAUAAAGCGCUGGUUCAAGUUAUGAACGUUCCAAUUACUCAAUAUCCAAAUUAAAGAUUGAUAGUCAUUUAUCCUUCCAUUUUCAGCACCGUCUUUAACUUUCGAUUACUUAAUACUAAUUUUCUCCAAGUACAGAUGACAUGCAUCUACGGAUGAAUUUUCCAUAUUUUAUUACCAGUUCAUUUAAGAUGACAAAGCAAAAUAGAAUUUGUGUGGCACAUAGUUUUCUAUACUAACUAUUAUUCCCUCUAUCGCUAAAGAAUAUGCACUUUGGGUUCAGUACGGUUUUUAAUGCAAAAAUUGGUAAAGUAAGAGAGAUAUAAAGAGAAAAAGUAAUUUAAGUAUAUUUUGUGGGGAAUUGGUCCUACCUCAUUAGAGAGUAAAUAAUUUCUAAAAUUGAAAAAUGAAUAUUCUCGUGGGACGGACUAAGAUGGAAAGAGUGAAUAUUUUUGUUGAAUAUUGAACUCCAUGUCUUGGAAUUGGGCUGGUUCUAUAUUUGAGCCCAAAUGGAAUUAAUAAGGCCCAAUUUGAGGAUGAUGCCCGUUACAUUAAUUCACUUACCUGAGUCCUCCGAUGGUCUCCACGUGUGCACUCCACGCGGAUCAUGAGUUGGAGCUGUUGGAUGUGAGGUGUGUUUGUUUGGUGAGAGAUAAGUCUGUCGACCCUUCAUUUUCCCGUUUUCAUUCAUUCAGUCUACUAUCUCUCUCUCUCUUGCCAUUUGCUCCGCCUUCUCUCUACAUUCUCUCUCCUUCUGACGACGGUUCUUUGCCGGUCAUCUUCUCCGAUCUUCUGUUAUAACCGUUGAUUCUCGGUUUUAGAGAGGUUCUUCGGUGUAGAUCUUGAGUUGGCUGCUUCGGUUUCCUACUUAGAUCUGGGUGUGAUAUGAGAUGUUCUUGAGAGAUCUUGUGUUGUGAGGCUGAGAUUCAAGUGUUUGUGGAGAUCCGUGUGUUAAGUUGGCCGUGGUGAACGGUAGUCGGUUGGAUCUAGGGUUUACUGAUCCUUGACGGUCAAGUCCGUUCAACAGUGCUCUCCUUGUGACAAUCAGUUGAGAUUUGGGGAGGUCAAAGGCCUAGUGCCGUCACUGCUGUGACCUGAGCCAUAUCCUUCAAACUCUCGGUUUUCUGUGUUUUUCUUAUUUUUGACUUUAGAUCCUACGGGAUCGAUUGUUGGUUUACUAACUCUUCUACUUGAGUGUGCAGGUGAUACACGGAGUGAUGUCUGGUAGUUCAAUCCAGUGAUAGGAUCUGAAUUUAGAUAGGGCUUUUCUUUGUACCAUGUACUUUAUAGCAGUUCUGAGUUGUGUAAUCAUCUUUUGUAUCUUGGCUUGUAUCCUCUGAGAUUAGCCGUCUCAGUACGCAGUGUAAUACAAAAGAAGUUCUAGUAACUAGUGUCAUGGUGGUCUAAUCCCUAUAGUGGUAUCAAAGACACGGGGGGAUCACCGUGGCACGCUAGGUCGCUAAAACUCAGAGUAAAGCUCAGCGUCCGGUAUAGGCUCUGAGGUAAGUCGGGUGCUCCUGAUCUAGGACCCUGCUCUGGUAUAUUGGCUUAAAUGUGAUGAUGGUGUUGAGCUAUGUGGUUAUGUUGAUUCUAACUAUGCGAAUGACAUGGAUAAAAGAAAGUCCACUACUUCCUAUGUAUUUACUGUGUGUAGGUCUUGUAUUAGUUGGAAAUCUCAGUUGCAACACAUAGUUGCUCUCUCCACCACAUAGUCAGAAUAUAUAGUCAUCACAUGUCACGACCGCACUAGCUAAGGAUAGCAUAGUCGGGGAACCGUGACUAGGGGCAGGGGUAUAAGAAGCGGGGAUAGAAUUCAGGGGAAAUUAAAUCAAACAUUGGUUGCGAGACAUGACUAAUUAAGUGCUGAUACAUAGAAGAAAGA